AUGAGCUCACUCUCAGCCAACCUCGUGGCAUCGACCACCAACCCUAACGGGUCGAUACCCCCAAAGAACGACGUUCGGGUCCGCGAUUCGUUCUUCAAGAGCGUUCAGUGGUCCGCCGAUGGGACAACUCUCUUCACCUCCUCCUUUUCUAACCGCAUCUGCACCUUUGUAUUGCCAGAGUCCCUGCUUGAACCACGAUCCUCCCCCGUGGAACUCGUUCCUCAUAGCACUCUGGCCCUCCCAGAACCGACCAGCGCCAUCGCUCCUUGCCCCUACUUUGCUUUAGAGCAUCCAUCAACUCAAACCUUCCUGACCGCGAGCACCGAUCAUCCAAUCCACCUCCACCAUGCCUUCCCCCCUUCACCCCCUUCCCCAUCAACCAGCAUCACGCAUGGGGCCGAUAACGACGGUGACGAUGUUGAUAUCGACGAUGGCUUUCGCCACCACCACCACCACCUCCUCCUCCAACCCCCACCUCUCGCAAGUUUUCGCCUCAUCAAACACGAAACCGAAGCCUACCUCCCCAUCGCCUCCCUCCUCUGGCCGGCCCCAGGCACCCACUUCAUCGCCGGCACCACCAACCGCAUAGCCCUCUUCGACGUCUCCCGCCCCGAUUCCCUCGUCCCCGACCCCCUCCUCACCAUUCCCACCAUCCCAUCCACGCGCCACCUCGCCAAGGGAGGCGGGGUGGGUAUGCGCGGGACGGUAUCUGCCUUGGCCGCGCAGCCUAGCGGGGAGGAUGGCAGCGGCUGGGGAUUAUUAGCAGCGGGGACGUGGACGCGGAACCUCGGGUUGUAUGACCUCGUGCGCAGCGGGGAGUGCGUCGCGACCUGGAGUGUCGCCGACGCGGCGCGGGAGGCUGGUAUUGGCGGGCGUGGCAUCAUGCAAACGGCGUGGUCGCCAUGUGGGCGGUAUCUCGUGGUUAACGAGCGGGGGGCAAAGGGGCUGUUGGUGUACGAUUUGCGGGGCACGCAUCGGUUGCUUGGGACUUUGGAAGGGAGGGAUGGGACGACGAACCAGCGACUGAGUUGUGAUGUGUUUCCGGGGAGUGAGGGGGCAGGCGGGUUUGAAGUAUGGGCGGGGACGAAGAAAGGGGGGGUGGUGGUUUGGCAGGGGGUGGGAAAUCAGGAGGGCGCUGUUAAGCCGUCUUGGGACUGGGAAGCGCACGAUUCUGCGGUGGGAGCAACGGCUAUGCAUCUUAGUGGGUCGGUGAUGGCGACCUGCUCGGGUGCGUGGACUUUUGUGGAUGAUGAGGAUGAUGAUGACAGCAGCGAUAGUAGCAGCAGCAGUGAUAGUAGGAGUAGCGGCAGUGGUAGCGAUAGCAACGGGAGUAGGGGUGGGAGCGGGAGCGACGGUGAUGAUGACAGUGAAGAUGAUGCGGACGAUAGUGGCUCCGACAAUAGCUCCGGGAGCCCGAGUGUCUCUAGCUCGGAGGAAAGCCUAAGCCCAGUGCGACGUGGCAACCUUAAAACCCGCGUUGUCAUCAGGGAGACGAGCCUCAAGAUUUGGAGCUUGGGAACUACGCAAUCAUCUCCGUUAGGUAGAGAAACUCGUGGUUCUGAUGAUGGCGAAUCAUACCCAUGA